AUGAGAGAAUUCUUUGCUUAUAGAAUUCAAGAUCGAUCAUCUGCCUUUUCUAUAAUUUUAAAAGCUCGGAGAUUGUUUCAACAAUUUUUGGUAGAUGCAUAUACCAAGAUUGAGAGUGAAAGGCUUAAUUAUAUUCGUUUUCAACAGAAACAUCUUAGGUCUGAAACAUAUUCAAAUCUUCAAAACUUGAAAAACGAAGGAAAAGAUGAUCUAUCAAAUACUGGUAUACGUGUUUUAUUACCAUCUUCUUUUACCGGCGGAUCACGCUACAUGCAACAAAACUAUUUAGAUGCUAUGGCUAUAUGUAAAUGGUUUGGAUAUCCCGAUUUUUUUAUUACCGUUACAUGUAAUCCGAAGUGGCCAGAGAUUAAACGAUACUUGAGAAAUACUUCAAUUAAGCCUGAAGACAGGCCAGACAUUUUGUGUAGAUUGUUUAAAAUAAAGCUCGAUUCACUUACAAAGGAUCUAAAGGACAAAAAAGUAUUUGGAGAAUUAAGUGCAGCCGUUUAUACUGUGGAGUUUCAAAAACGUGGAUUGCCUCAUGCUCACAUUUGCAUUUUUUUGAAACCGGAAUCCAAAAUUUUGUCCGUUGAUCAUCUUGACAAGUUCAUUUCUGCUGAGAUACCUGAUAAGAGAGAAGAUCCAAGCCUAUAUGCACUUGUGACUGAUUUCAUGAUUCAUGGUCCAUGUGGAAAUGCAAAUCCGAGUUGUCCUUGUAUGGUUGAUAGUAGAUGUUCAAAAAACUAUCCCAAAAAAUUCAACCCUGAGACCACCACUGAUGCUGACGGUUUCCCUGUAUAUAGAAGAAGAGACAAUGGAAACACUGUUAUAAAGUCCAACGUUCAAUUAGACAACAGAAGUGUUGUUCCUUAUAGUCCGGUUCUUUUGAAAAGAUACCAAGCUCACAUUAAUGUUGAAUGGUGCAAUCAAGCUGGUUCUAUUAAAUAUUUGUUCAAGUACAUUAAUAAAGGCGCAGAUAGAGCUUCCCUUGUAGUGUCAAACCGAGACGGUACAGAAAAUGAACAAACAACAAAGGAUGAGAUCAAAGCGUAUUAUGAUUGUAGGUAUGUUUCAGCCUGUGAAGCUUCUUGGAGGAUAUUUGCAAAUGAGGUUCACUUUAGGUUUCCUCCAGUUAUGAGACUUCCUUUUCAUCUUGAAGGUCAACAAAAUGUUGUAUUUGGUGCCGAGGACGAUAUACAAGAAGUUUUGGAUAAGCCAUCAGUUUCUUCUUCGAUUUUUCUAAAGUGGUUUGAGAUGAACAGAAACGAUGAAAAUGCACGGAAACUUACCUAUGUUGAGUUUCCUACUAAAUUCUGUGACAACCCGAACCUUCGCGGUUAG